AUGGGUGAACGAUACUUUGCCAAUCCUUACGAUGACUACGACGAAAAAACGCACGGCAAGGAGGAGAAUCAGCUGGUCACUCGGGAGAGCGUGCUGGAGCUUAUCAAAAAGUACGUGGACAUAAUUCAACAAAAUGUAAACAGCAAGAUGCGCGACGAUCUCUAUGUGGGAAUCGCAGGAAUUGCUUUCAUGUUUUGGAAACUUGCACAGUCGGACGAAACAAAGCACAUGUUUCCAUGUUUGGAACUUGCAUCGAAAUACAUUGGCGAAGCUAAGCACCGCUCGAGGGAGAAACGCGAUAAAUCGAGCAAAAAUGCCGUUGCCUUUCUGUGCGGCAGUUCCGGCAUUGCGGCCGUAUCUGCUGCAAUCGCCAACGAAAUGGGAAAACAGCAAGAGGUGGAGAACGAUUUGGAAUGCUUCCUGCAGGGAUGUCCACCGUGCGCCAACGUCAAAGGCACCGACGCAGAUGAAGUGCUUGUAGGACGGGCCGGUUACCUACACGGAGCGUACUGGUUGAAUCAAACAAUCACGCCGAAACCAAUCGAAAACGAAGCGAUUUCCGAAAUAUGCCAAACGCUCAUAAAGCGUGGCCGUAGUGUAGCAAACUCACUGCGCUUAGCGGUCCCUCUGAUGUAUGAAUAUCACGAAAAAGCGUAUCUCGGUGCGGCUCACGGAGUUUGUGCUAUUCUGCACGCUCUGCUAGAAUCGCCCUGGUUCGAUCGGGAUUCAACGGAUCGCUUCAGCGGUUCCCCUACCAAACUAGCCGACAUCAAAAGUACGAUCGAUUACGUGCUCACGCUGCAGGAUGGCGGUGGAAACUUUCCUACGCGAAUUGAUUCGAACCGAAUGCUCGUCCACUGGUGCCAUGGAUGUGGUGGAGCGAUUUAUCUGUUCGCUAAAGCCUUUCUCACCUUCCGCGAGGACAAGUAUCUCGAUUGUUGCAGAAAAUGCGCCGACGAACUCUGGCGCCAUGGACUGUUGCGCAAGGGGCCGGGCAUUUGUCACGGGGUAGCCGGUAAUGGUUAUGCCUUCCUGCUGAUGUACCGCUUAACGGGUGAGAAGCGUUAUCUGUAUCGGGCGGUAAAGUUUGCUGAAUUUCUAAACUCAAACUCCUUUGCAAGCGUGCUGCUUGCACCCGAUCGCCCCUUCAGCUUGUACGAGGGGUUGGCGGGUACGGUUUGCUUUUUGGUCGAUCUGCUCUCUCCCAUGCGGUCCUCGUUUCCGUUCAUGGAUGUGUUUGAACGAAAGUGUGUUUAAAAA